AUGAGUGUGAGGGAAGGUAACGAUUGCAUGAGGCGAGAGCGCGUAUUAGAGCGAUGCAUAGAGGCGGAGGAGGAGGAGGAGGAGGAGGAGGAGGAGGAGGAGGAGGAGGAGGAGGAGGAGGAGGAGGAGGAGGAGGAGGAGGAGGAGGAGGAGGAGGAGGAGGAGGAGGAGGAGGAGGGAGGAGGGGAGGCGAAUUGGAUGGAGGAGGGGAGGGCAGAGGACUUGCGAGGGCCGGGUGUUGGUUACUAG